AUGUCAAGUUCAAUCACAAAAGAAGCAGAGCCAUGGGUCCAACCGCAUACUCAAGCAUUACUUCGCGGGAUGGUCCAAAUCAUCCUCCAGCAUCGAACUGAACUCUACACUUUACCCUCCCUUUGUGGCGUAUCGAACAAUCAUGGAGAUCGGAUCCGAAAGAAAACUCAUCACAUGCUGAAACAGUUUUGCGAACUUUAUCCCGGUUCGGAGGGCUUGGUAGAAGAGGAGAUUAAGAAUUUGAAUGGUAUGAGUAGAUCAGGAGGAGGUUCACCUAAGAAAAGAAAGAUCAAGGAUGAAGAGUAG